AUGAAUAAUAAAGGUCAAAAACAAAAAACAAAAAAAUCACCUGAAAAAGCUCAUCUUGACACACUCCGUAGAAGAGCACGGCGUCAAGAACAACGAGCAGCUUUACUUGAAAAAAGUAAUGAAUUAGGUUGUUUCAACGGUAAUAAUCGUUUUAGUCUUCUAUCUGAAAUAGAUAAUGACAACAACAAUGAUGAAUAUACAACCGAUAAUUCAAAGGCUGAUAAUCAAACUGUAGCCAUGAAAAAUUAUAAGAGGAUUAAACAAAAAAACUUGUCUAGAAAACAAAAAAGACAAACUAGAACAACAACAGAAGUUCCGAUGAUUAAUGAACAUGUUGUUAAUAAUAAUAUAAAGACGCGAGGAAAUAACCAGCGUCAAAUAAAUUUUUCUGAUUCUAAAAAAGAAGAAGAAGAGAAUGAUAAUGAAAAAUCACCUUCUUUAAAUAAAGAUAAACGAAAAUGUAAAAGUUAUUUACAAGCUUUUAAAAUUCUCGCUUAUCUAAAAGAUCGUGUGAAUAAGGAUAAUAAAAUAAAACUCGACAUUAAGGAUGUUUUCAAUGAAGUAUGUGAAUAUGCAAAAAAUACCAUUGAAACAUAUGAUAGUUGGGUACAUAAUCAUUACGAAGCCCAAGUCUGGCAACAUAUCUAUGUUUUAGGUAAAGAAAAAGAUCAUUGGGCUAAAGAAAUAGUAAAUAUAACACAUACACGGGAGGCUAAGAUAAAUGUGUCAAUAUGUGAGAAAAAAUUAGCACAAUUGACAUCGACAUGUUUCGAUGCUAAUACCCAGGUCGAACUAGCUAUGUCGGAUCCUGUCGGAUAGGUUUCAAAUCCGUUGAGAUACGGCUAAUCGGAUUCGGUCGGUUACUUUUUGUCGGAUUCCGAUGCUAUCCACUGUUUUCCUCUGAUAUCCACCGGUCGGAUUCAUCGAGUUCCGACUAGAUUCAUAUAUUCGGAACUGGUCAGAUCCGAUCUCAAGAUCUGUUCGCUUCCGAUGGGAUUCCGAGGAAUCUGAUGUCAAGAAAUCGCCGGAUUUUGCGGUUUCAAGUGACACCGGAUUCCAUGAUAAAACCGAUCAAUCACUGGUAUCGGAACUUGUCGGAUUAUAUAAGAAUGCAGAAUACCCAGGCCGAUCUCACACCAUCGGAUCCGAUGGAAAUUAGUCGGAAGUUGUCGGAUGCUGGAAAGUGUCGGAUUUUCAGAGUUCCGACAAGAUCCCGGCCACUUCCGACACUUUCCAACAUCCGACAACUUCCUGUCGGAAUCCGAUACCAAGGAUUCUGACGAAUUGCCAUCGGAUUCGAUAAAACUCGAUGAUUUUUUCGAUCGGAUCCGACGCGAUCCGACUGUCGGAUUGCUCGUUCUGGGUAUCCAGUAUUAUUUUCCACGUAGUCGGAUUCAUGAAUUAGAAUAUAUUCUGACAGAUCAAUCAGCUAAUCAUCUAAUAAGAUAGUUUUCUUUUUACAAAUUUCCAACAACAAAAUCAAGAAUCUGGAAAUCCGAUUUCGCCCAGAUUUCAUUCACCGUUUUGUUCUGCCGAUAUCGAUCUAUAUAAUGAAGUCGCUACUUUAAUAUUUCGAAUGAAUUUCCAAAGUGUUGCUAAGAUUAAUUUUACUUCAAAUGAUUUGUUUUCCUUAUACAAUUAUGUUUUCCAUGCAAUUGGAUUCAUGAAUUAGAAUAUAUUCUGACAGAUCAAUGAACUAAUUUAUUUAUUUAUUAGAUAUUCCUAUUUUUACAAAAUUCCAACAGCAAAAUCAAAAAUCUGGAAAUCCGAUUUUGUCCAGAUUUCAUUCACC